GGAUCUGUGGGAGAUGGGCCUUGCUUGGCAAUGACCCUUUGACCCCCAGACUCAACUUGAAAUCCUUUUAUUCCCUGUGGGCCUGUGUCGCAAAGGCUAAGUCCAGGCCCCUUUCUUCACCCCCUUAUUUCAGGCCACACCCCAACUUCUCUGCUUAUUUUUCCCCCAAGUUUCUCAUCACCCAACAGGCUGUGUGUGUGUGUGUGUGUGUGUGUAUGUGUUUAAAGACUUGAGCAUUCCCUCUCUGUCUCCCUAAUUAUAAUGCCAGACACUUUUGUCAUUGGCUGGACAGACCAGAACCCUGCCUGGUAAACCGUAGGCGCCCUAUGAAUGUACACCGAGGGAAGGCACAGCCCCCUCCCCAACUCUGCACAUUGAGCCUCUGGAUCCCUAUGGGUGAGAGACAAGUUACCCAAGGCUCUGUUCUGUCCCUGGCCACGGCCCCCUAGGAAGUGACUCCCUGCCUGGCUCCCUGCCUCAGUUUCCCCAUCUGUAGGAGGAGUGGGAAGAGGGGUAGAGGAUGAUUAGAGCAAGCUCAGUUAGAGCCGGGGGAAGAGGCCUGGCCCCGGCCCCCCUGGUUCCUAAUUGGCUGGGAACAGGGAGUAGGGGGCAGCUCAGGAGGAGGAAGGAGGCUGCAGCUGCCUGCUGGGGGACCCUGGGCUUUGGGGGUGCCUGCUCCGUGCCCUGCCCUCCCCCUGGCCUCCAGCCUUUUGCCGCCAACCUGUUGGUCCGGGUUCUGGGCAGGUUGGAGGUGGGCGGGAGCCCCGAACCUCCCCGCCUCCAGCCUCCACCCGUCCCCACCCUGUUCCCAGCACGCCCCGUCUCCCUCACACGGGCCUGGCCCAGCCUCCCUCCAGACAGGAGAGGGGUUGGGGAGUCUCUGAGGGUGGACCUCGAGAACAAAGCAGGCAGAGGGGCCGGGGCAGGGUGUGUGUGUGUUGGGGGGCCCAGCCCUGGCCAUCAGGGGGGGCCCAGGGGGGCCAUGCCUCCUGGCGCCCUGUGAGGCCGGCACCAUGGCCCGCUCGCUGGGCUCGCUCACCGGCGCCUGCUGCCCCUGGUGUCUCUCGGAGGACGAGCGCACGGCCGCCAGGAUCGACCAGGAGAUCAACAAGAUCCUUCUAGAACAGAAGAGGCAGGAUCGUGGGGAGCUGAAGCUCCUGCUUCUGGGGCCAGGGGAGAGCGGGAAGAGCACGUUCAUCAAGCAGAUGCGAAUCAUCCAUGGGGCGGGCUACUCGGAGGAGGACCGCAAGGCUUUCCGGUCGCUUGUCUACCAGAACAUCUUCAUGUCCAUGCAGGCCAUGAUUGACGCCAUGGACCGGCUGCAGAUCAGCUUCAGCAAGCCCGAGAGCAAGCACCACGCCAGCCUGGUCAUGAGCCAGGACCCUUACAAGGUGACCACGUUCGAGAAGCGCUUUGCCCUGGCCAUGCAGAGCCUGUGGCGGGACGCGGGCAUCCGGGCCUGCUAUGAGCGCAGGCGGGAAUUCCACCUGCUGGACUCCGCGGUGUAUUACCUGUCGCACCUGGAGCGGAUCACCGAGGAGGGCUACGUGCCCACCGCGCAGGACGUGCUGAGGAGCCGCAUGCCCACCACCGGCAUCAAGGAGUACUGCUUCUCCGUGCAGAAAACCAACCUGCGAGAAGAUAAGAACCGCAUGAAGGAGAGCCUGGCACUGUUCCGCACCAUCCUUGAGCUCCCUUGGUUCCGGAGUACUUCCAUCAUUCUCUUCCUCAACAAAACUGACAUCCUGGAGGAGAAAAUCCCCACCUCCCACCUGGCCACCUACUUCCCCAGCUUCCAGGGCCCCAAGCAGGACGCGGAGGCGGCCAAGCGGUUCAUCCUGGACCUGUACACGCGGAUGUACACGGGCUGCGCCGACGGCCCCGAGGGCGCCAAGAAGGGGUCGCGCGCCCGCCGCCUCUUCAGCCACUACACCUGCGCCACGGACACGCAGAACAUCCGCACGGUCUUCAAGGACGUGCGGGACUCGGUGCUGGCGCGCUACCUGGACGAGAUCAACCUGCUGUGACCCGGGCCGGACCCGGAGGCCGAGGCCCCGCAGCCGCGGCCAGGC